CCACACACAUGCCCUUGCACUAACUCUCACACAAAAUCACACAGUACACUUCCUGUUCUAUCACCCCACAUCUCUCGUUUUCCUCUCUGUAUCUCUCCUCAAACAAAAAAAAGUGAUAUAUAGCACAGCCUGCGAACAUGUACUCUGCAACUGACCAAAUGAUGUUUCAAUGCCCUCCUAGGCCAUUUCCAAAGGAGAAGAAAUGGAAAUCCAAAGUCGAAGCUGCUCCAAAUUGCCCUCGUUGUGCUUCUCCCAACACGAAAUUCUGCUACUACAAUAACUAUAGCUUGUCACAGCCUAGGUAUUUUUGCAAGGGUUGUAGAAGGUACUGGACUAAAGGAGGGUCAAUAAGAAAUGUUCCCGUAGGUGGUGGUUGUCGCAAGUAUCGCAGAGCCAAGUCCUCUAAGGUCUCCCAGAAUGAACGUGCUGCGGUUUCGGUGAAUUAUUCUAGGACUAACGAGACGACAUUAGCUUGUUCCGCGAAUAAGGACUCAAUGGCUCAACAAGGUGAAGCUAAUGGGUCUGAUAUUGAUCUAGCUGUUGUUUUCGCUAAGUUCUUGAAUCAAGACUUGAGUUAUGAGCCCGAUUUUACUGGUGAAGAUUUGCUUAAUGAGGGCGGUGAUCAGAUGGUGGAUGUAUCGAAUUCUUCAAAUCCAUCUGACAGCUUCCAAAAUGAUACAAUGAUGGAAAGCCUGAAGCGGUCUGAUCUGAUCCAAGAAUCCAAUUUUCUUGAAGGGCAAUCUCAGGUACUUGUAGGAGAGAAGCAACGACUUGAAGAAGAGAGAAUUCAAGAACUCAUAGAAAGUCAAGACAUGAAUGCAUUUGGGUUGCAAGAUUUAUUGAGCGACGAAAUUGUACAAGAUGCUUUGUGGUCUGAUGAUGCAACCUUGCCUAAUUUUCCUAAUUGGCAGCCCAUGCUACAAUUGCAAGAUUUUGAUUCAUUUUCAGUGGAUGAUCGACUAAAGAUUUCAUCCAAUUUUAUCAGUGAUAAUAAUUGGAGUUCUUUGGAUCUCGCGGGGUUUGAGGUUUUUUCAAGACCUUGAUAUAUACUUUAUUAUAUUUGAACUUUUUUAUUAGUUUU